ACCCACCCACUGAUUCUUUUGAGAGAGAAAAAAAUGUGAGUGAAAACGUCGGAGAUAUCCUCGUUGAGCAGUUCAGUGGCUCCAAGGCCUGCAUUGAGACACGUUUUAUCGUCUUGGAAAAGCCGAACAGUACUCGUGUAUUUUCGUGUACAGUAUACUCACGAGUGAACAAACAUCAACUGUAUAGUACGUUAGUAACUGAAUGAGAACGGCAAUGGAAAUUAUUUCCCGAUGAAACCGGAAGUCGUUGUUGAGGAAUUAGUGAAAGUUGUCACCCCAAAUUUUUCGUCACAGCGAUGAAAAAAAAAGAAAAUAAUGGGAACAGUCUGGAGUGAAUUGGGAAAAAUAUUCUCGAGGUCGAGUAGAAACCGACACUCAAAGGCCAUUUUAAAAUAAAUCCAGUGAUAAUUGAUAAAGAGAUAAAAAUGGAGAAGUGGAGGAGUAAGAGUUUAAAAGCGGACGUGGAUUAUCCGAAGAAUUACAGGAAUGCGAGAUCGGUAUCCCCGGAGAAGAAAUCGGAGAAGAAACCGGAGAAGAAACAGCGAAAGUGGAGAUUUGGAAAUUUUUUGAAACGCAAAUCAAAAGAGCCCGCGCGAAUUCCAGACACAGCGACGGAGACGACGCAGACAGUUCCAUCGACGGAUAUGAUGGACAACGGGAUCUACGCCGUGAUAAAUCACCGGCCAGAGGAAUUAAAAAAUCCUGGGAUUCCCCGGAGUGUCUCUCAGGAGUCGAUGGGCAGUCGGUCGACGGAGACACCAGGUCGAUCUGUCAGAAAAAAUCGAGUUAAACAGCGGAUCCAGGCGAAACGGGAUAAAUACAAAACGACGAGCAGCUCCGACGAGGAUUUCCCCUCGAGUUUAUCCCUGCGAAUUCACAGCGAGGACAGCCUCCAGGGCUCGAGGUCGGACUCAUUCAACCAGAAGAGAACGCGGGGUGCGCGAACCGAGAGAUACAUGAAGCGAUUAUUUACGAAUGGGGAUCAGAGCUCGAUAAAACACCAGAAAUGCCCCUCGGAUAUUCUGCCACCGUCAGGAUCACCUCCGGACCCUAGAACCCUGAGGAUGACGUUCGGGAGUGACUGCCACCUCUCGAAUCUUCCUUACAAUAAAUUAAAUAAAUUCAACAGAUGGACAGACUCAAAUAAAUCAAACAACUACGACUCGCUGGAUGUAAAACCCCCAGAGCCACCCCCCAGGUCAUUUAAACUGAAGCUCUACCCCUCGACGAUGAGAUACUCCCUCCAGCACUCGGAUAUCGAGAAUAAUCACUGUGAGAUGAUUAAAUCGAAUUACAACACCAAUUCCCUGGACAGGGAAUACACACCUCGUGGAAGAAUCGAAAGGACAAGUCCGGUAUCUCCUCAGGGGAUAGUCUGGUCACGAAAAAUUGAAGAGCCAAUAAUACCCCACCUGCAGCCACGCGUCGUCUCCAUGAAUGCGAGAAAUCUCGAUGAACGGAGGCGUCACUCCAAGAACCUGGAGGAGGCCCUGGAGGAAUUGGAGACGAUCUACAAUAGCCUUCGGUUGAGUGAUGAGGACCUCCUGGACAGGGCAGAGCAGAGGAGCAUGGAGGAGUACCGGGAUAAAGUGGGUACGGUCGAGGGAUCGGUUAUUUCGGAUACCUCCUCCUCGGAGAUGACGCGAUACCUCCGGGAGGCGAGCGAUUGCCGAUUGAGGGAUGAUAUGGCGUACAGGCGGAUGCACCAGAAGGAGAGGCCGACGUCUGUGGAUAAUUUCGGGUCACUCUCGAGGAUGAGUUACUUGAGGGCCUCACCGUGUCUCUCUGUCAAGGACGAAGACUCCAGGCAACCGAGGAGUCGACGGGGAACUCCGGAUUUAACUCGUGACGACGUCGUCUUCAGGAGUAUAAAUCAUGCGAAUAAUACUCUCAGGAUUGCCGAUCCCCAGCCGCCUUUUGGCAUUCCCCUGGGGCCUGUCUCUGGCGCUGCUGAUAGCGACUACCUCCACGUGAUCCCUUCUAAGGAUGCCAACAGGUCAUCCUACAUCCCCCGGAGAGAACCCGACGUCGUCACCGAUGAUCUCGCCUUCAGGAGCCUCCGCAAGGACGAGAGAAGAUCCCAAUCACCAAAUUUUAUUCCCAAAAAUUUUGCAGAAAUCAAGAGGGUCCAGUCUCUAUCCGCCGACCUCUAUGGGGUCAUCAACAGGGACAGCAAACAGAGCUGUUGGUACCGGAAGUACGUCAGACUGAAUCGACCAUUGCGUGUCUCGGGGAUAAUCGAGGCGCGACAGGAUGUCGACAUCAAUGGAAAUAAACCAAAAAAUACCAAGGGACGAGUGCAGGUGAAUAUCCCCCAGGAGUCAGAGGGUAGCGAGAGGAGUGACAGGAAAUCUGUGGAAUUGGAAAUUAAGGAGAAAUGUGGAGAGGUCAUUCCGUCUUUCACUGAGAAGGAAGUGUCGGAGUAUAAGGAAUUGUGUCGAGAGCUGGAGAGUCUCAUCAGGAAAACGUCGGAGAGGGUUCAAAUCCGGGAUCAGGAGACGAGGAGAAAUUCCCUCGUGGAGUUCCAGGAGUGGGAGGAACUACUGGAGGGAAAUAAUGGGGGGAAUCCCGGGGGAGGCUCUGUGAAGGAUGAUAAUGGGGAUAAUGAAAAUAAUUAUGAUGAUGAUUCAUUAAAUAAGAGUCUGAUUGAUGAGAAUGAGGGCUUUAGAUGCCAGGAGGAAGCUGGUGAAAACGGUGGAGAUGAUUUACCAGAGGAUUUACCAGAGAAUUUACCAGAGAAUUUACCAGAGGAUGUACCCAACGAACAAAAGGAACCUGAUGUACCCAGUGGUGGAUCAAUCCUGGCAGGUAGUAGUGACCAAUGUGAGGAAGAUGGCAGCUCCGACGAUAAAUCCAAUAUAAAAAUCGAAUCUCCUGAUAAUUCGAAUGACACAGGUGCCUGUGAUGAUAUAAUUCAAUUAGCUUCCAAAGAUAAUAAAUUGAACGAUGGAAUUGGUCUGGCCUCGAUGAUCGAAGGUGAGAUAAUGGGUAAAUCCAAAUCAAAUGGACACCUGAGAUCAAUAAUAAAUGUUUGCUUCGUUACUAACUGCUUGACAGCGUCCAUUGCCUUGUGGUCCCUGUGUCUAACACUGCUAAUAGCAAUUAUAGUUGCACUGUGAAAAAUCAUUCGCCAAAAUUAUCCAUUUGUUUAUUUAAAUCGAUAAUUUAUUAGUAAGGAUUGCCGUUUGCCUCUGCAGUGUUAAUGCAACUUGUUGCUGUUUACUAUUAUAUAUUAUAUAUUGUUAUUGAAUUGUAAAUAAUGUCACAGGUCGUGAAACUGCUCUAUGAUGGGUUGGCGUCGUUGAGCGAUGCACGGUAUCAACGUUCAAUUUAUUUUUAAAUAAAUUAUUAUUUUUUAUUCCUGUUGAUAAUUGAUUAUUCAACUGCAACGGACUGUUGGUAUAUUCAUUGUUAAAUGAGAUUUAUAAUAAAUAUAUUAAAGCCAUAUUUACUUACCUAUUUAAUUUCGGCGGUUUGUGGGAGUGGGGGUGCAAUGAUUAUUAACAAUUACCCGUGGAAAUAAUUUUGAAUGAACUUAACAGUAAUUAAACAAUUUGUCACGUGACAGUGAGGGUUUUUAUUACAUGGACUGACUCCUGACGUCAUAAAAACUCUGUGGCCCAUCUUCAAUUUCUUCUUUAUGUACAGCGAUAAAUAUAUCGUUAUUUGGUCUAGGUAUAUGAUAUUGAUGUCCACAUCGAAGGGCCCAAUCUGUCAAUUCCAAUUUCCCCCGAUUUGCACAGAAUUUUCAAAUUUAUCUCUACGAUUCAAUUGAAUAUAUCCAACAGAGUGGAUCCUCCCCUGUGGCCAUUCACGUAUAUAAACUAUAUAUACAUAUAUAAUUUGACAAUCGAUGUCAAAGGACUGGAUGCAACGGCGGGUGUCUUCAGUAUUUAAUUUUUUUUUUUUUUUUUACAAGUGACAUUUGUUCUUUCAUUGGGGAAUUUAGAGCAGUUCGCAUGACAUCGACUGACAUCAGAGAGAAAGAGAGAGAGAGAUUCAUUGACGAGUCGAAUAAUUCACUAAAUUGUCGAAUGACGUCAAAAAGCCGUCAGCCCAAUUUGCUCGUUACAAUUCAUUUUUUGAAUUAUUUUUUUUCCAUUCAUUUACUAGAUUACACCUUCCCCUUCCGAUACGUACAAAUAUCACUAAUUCAUCUAUGUGGUACCUAAUUAAUUACAAUUACAUUUAUGUUCAUAUUUAUAUUUUUAGUAUUUAUAUGCAAUUUUUUAUCAUCCUCUCGGAUUGGAUCUCUUUUGAUUUUUAAUUAUCGAGUACAAGUUAUUUAUUGAGAGAAUGACGAUGUUAUGUAUAAUGGAAAUUCGAUGAAUCAUUAAUUUUUUUUUGUCUUGGUAUGGACAAAUAAACGACAGUAAUUGUCAAUUUUUACCUUUUUUUUCAUUCAUUAAAACAUUGAUAAUACAUUUUGUUCAUUUGUUCAAUUAAUUAGUAUAAAAACGUGUUUCAUUUCCUCAUUAUCAAUUAAUAAACAUACAAUAUAACUUGAAUUACUUAAGUACAUUAGAGUAUUUAUUUAAAUGGUAUCUCUGCCAAUUGUUGAUUUAUCAAUUUAAUUGGAUUCAAUUGGAUAUCUAUUUUAAAUAUUUAUUCAAUCAUCAAGUAUACCGUAGUCCAGUUAAGUUAUUCGGAAGUGAAAGUGGUAUCGAUGAAAAAAUAAUAAAUGUAACAUCUGUUUAUCUGAGGUUGAGAUUGGAAGGACAUUGUUUAACUCUUGUUUAAUUAAUUUCAUUAUUUUUUUUUCUCAUUUUUCAUCAUUUUAUUGUACGUUUAAUAUACUGUUCUGUUCGGUGUAAAAAUAUAAAACAUUUUGUUAUUAUUUCAAUAUACUGUUUGCUCUAUUUGGAUAUUACGGUAUAUCUUUGAUCACUUUUAUUUGAAUUAUUUAUUUUGUAUUAAUUUUUUUUGUUCCUGCCACCCGGUGCGUCAGGGCCGGAACAAUUGUCCUGCAAAUUAAACUUUUUUUUCAUUAUCAUUCAUUGUUUAUUGAUAUUUACCCCCAAAAUUUAUCCAGACAAUUCGCAAAUGUCGACGACGCUGAGGCGUGCGAUUAAUAACAUUUAUAAUUAAUCCACGAAAUUGUUUAAUGAAUUUUAAAGACAGACGGUCAUCUGUUUAUUUAAACAAAUCCAAUUAAAGAUGUUUAUCCUAUUUCAAUUUUUAAAUGAGAUUUUUGUUAAA